AUGUCGCGCAAUCUCUACAUUCCCGCCGUAGACGGCCACCCCAGCUUCACCAUUGCCGAACUCAUCCUCACCAACAAUGACUUCAAAAAAGAAAUCGGCUUGGUCAUAGGCCUGACGCUUCAUCCUCACUCCGAGUUGGCCAAGGAGUUGGCCGGUCUUGGAGCCAAGAUCGUCCCCCCACAAGCCCGGACGAACACGUUGUGUCUGAUCCCGCCCACUCACGAACACAAAUACGACUUGACCACGGAGCUGAUCGAGACUGCCAAGAAGGCCAAUGCGCUGAAUGUGUGCUUCAUCAGCUCCGCGGGCUGUGGCCUGGCUGAACGGGAUCGUCAGCCGGGACUGCGGGAGUUUAUUGAUCUCGAGACUCGCGUCGUGUCUUGUAAGGGGAAUUCUAUGACCUCUACGGGGCAUUCGCCCGUUGUGAUCAAAGCUGGAUUCCAUGCCGAGAACCUUCUUUUGUAUUCUCAGCAGGCGCAGACUGAGGGGAUCCGUUCCGCUGCCAAUCGGGCAAGACCAUAA